AUGGGCGUCCAGAGAGGAGCAGCCGGCCAGGAGUUCAAGGUCCCCCGGCACAUUCUCCAGGCCGCCACUCGCUGCCUCCCACAAGCCUCAGGAGGGGGCAGCCAAUUUGUUAAGCCGGCCGGGAAUUUGGAGAGGAUCCCUGGUCGCGCGGCGGCGGCGGCGGCAGCGGCGGCGGCGGCGGCGCGCGGGUGCGCGUGUGAGCGAGCGAGUGAGCGUGCGGGCGGGCGAGUGCGCCGGGUAUUGGCAGCCGAGGAGUGGAGGCUGGGCGGCUCCGACUCCCUGACGCCAGCGCGACCAGAUCAAUCCAGGCUCCGGGAGCGAGCGGGCGGGCGGGAGGAGGAAGGAGAGGCCGAGCGGCUCAGCCCGGGCCGAGGCGCGGGGAGGCACUCUGGGAGCGCAGCGCCCCGCCGGCCGGACCGGGGCCGCAGGACCCCGCUCGUCCGGCCACUCGUGCGCCCGCGCGGACGGGCGCGCCGCCAACCCGGUAAAACGAAACAGACCCGAACCCAACUUUCUCCUUUGCCGCGUCCCCGCCCUCCCUCGGCGCCUAGGGCUUCCCAGCGCCGCCGCCGCCUCUUGUGGGGCAAGCGCGGGCCCGCGGGGCUGCCGCGGUUGUGCGGGGCCGGUGACGCGGGCCUCGGUGGGGAGGGAGCUCUUCCCCGCGUGGGGCGGACCGGGGGACCCCCCCCCCCCCAUGAUGGCGCCUCCCUGCCGCUCCGAGGAGCGAACCUGCCACCUCCUCCUGCUCUGGCGCCCAGCCGGCCCGGCAGGUUUCGGCCGGGGUUCCCCUUGCGUCUUUGUUGGGUCUGCGGCGGGGAAGCCGCGCUCCUCGGCCCUGAGCCUCGCCCCCAGCCCUGGCUGCGGCGGGACCUCCCCUCCCUCUGUCCCUCCCCCUCCUCCCGUUCCCCGUUUCUCUUUCCCUUUCCGCAGCCGGGCCGAGGCCCGUCCGCGCUGCCCGCCGGCCCAUUGUGUCCCGCGCCGGCCCGGGCGACCCUUGCGGGAGUUGAGGACAGCGGCGGGCGCUGCCCUCUCCGCGGUCGGCGCCUCGCGGAGCGGGUCUGGCACGAGGGGGACACCGGUGCCCUGCGCCCCUCCGCAUCCCAGACGGCGUCCUUUCUUGGCCCCCACGAGCCCCUUGGGGGUCGAGGUCAAGGAAAGUUCGGCACCGAAAUUCCCUCUAAUUUAUUCAAAGGCGCGGCGGCGGCGGCGGCGCGUAAUUUUUUUUUCUCUCUUCCGCCUACACCCCGUGCGUCUCCCAAGUGUCGUCUCAUUCCUUUCCCUUUACCGGAUUCGAUUGCCUCACUGCAUGUGUAUUUGCGCUUACGAUUUUUCAGUCUGCGGUGCAAGAUAGUGAGACGCUUCCCUUCUGGACAUCGAAGCGCGUCUCAGCACCAUCUCCUUGAGAAAGCAUCGUUUUCGUGAGUGCUGGGGCAACCGGCCUUUUCCUUUCUCCUCCUGUUCUCUUCUUUCCAGUGCAUCUCAAGUUCCAAAGUAUGUGCAGUGGUACAGAAGUUGCAUGAUUUCGGUA